AUGGUAUCGUGUCGCUCGUGGCCGAUGUGGAGUUGGUGUCUGUUCCUUCUCCUGGGUUCCGGCGCGGUUUUUCUCUUUUUUUUGGGCCUUGUGUUUCUCUGCGCCGCCGAUACCUUCCCGCUUCCAGCGGAGACGAAGCGGACGGCAUGCGGGGCGUCGCUGGCUGCGUCUUUCCUGAAUCUCGCGUGUUUCUGUCUCCUCAUGUUUCUGCUCUCCAAGCCCAAAGGCUGGCUUCGCGAGCGCCUGAGUUCCCAUGCUCUCGGAAGGUCUCUCUUCCGCUUCGGCGACGACUUUUCUGCUCGCUUCCUCCCGCGCAGAAGGACCUCCUGCGACCGGCGCAGACGCGGAGACGAGGAAGAACGAGGCCGGCGAACUCAGGAGGACGAACGCGACUGCGAGACGGGGAGACACUCCGCCUUCCAGCGCGAGGCCAGCCAGCACAGUUUCUCCAGGCUGAAUCGAAAGAAGGACUUUCUCCGGGAGGAACGGGAUGCAGCGGCGGACGACAGGCGACCCGCUGUCGACGCUCUUCCUCAAGAGAUGAAGGGAGGAGACACACGGUGGGAGGAGACGUGCAAAAGGAGCCGGUCCGACGUGAGGCGCUGGGGUUGCAAUGGUGAGACGGCCGAGGACCGAGCGUGCAAUGGAGAAGACACCCGGGGAGAAGAACCUUUCGUUGGCAAAAACCACGAAGAAAGGAAACUUUCGCUAGCCUCUUUCCUAGAGAGGGAAGACCUCGAGGCACUUGAUCUUCUUGCUGGCGAGGUCGCUUCGCCCACCUCAACCACGGCCUCCAGCGAGACGCAGGAAACUUCCGCCGGGAAGUUUGGCGCUGAGUCGUUCAGAAUUUCUCUUUUUGAAGACAGCGUACGAGUUUAAAACUCAAGAGCGGGGCGACGAGAACAACGAUGUCCUUUCUCCUCUCUCGGCAAAAAACACGACUUCAAAUCCAAGUGCCGAACUCGAUCUGCGCCCUGCGCCUUCUCCUGUCUUGUCUCUUCUGUUCUCCCUCUUGUUCUCUCCCUUGUUCUCCCUCUUGGUGUCUCUGUCAUUCUCUCUUUUGUUCUGCCUCUUUUUCUCUCCCUUGUUCUCCCGUUGGUUUUCCCUCUUGGUCUGCCUUCGUCUCUGAAUGAUGAAGGAGCAAAGACAGCGGCUUCUCUUUCGAGGGAGAUGCCGCAGGAGACAGAGCACUUGUGGCGGAUGUGAGAAGAGCAAGACGAAACUAACUGAUUUCCUUGUUGGCCUGAAGAGGAGAAGAGAAGUGAGGGGAAGGCUGAGGGACGCGGCCCAAACAGAGGCAGCACGGCGUCUAAAAGCAAUUGGGGUGCCGUGUCAUUUUGCAAAAAAGUGUCGGAAAGAAAGAGCAGAGAAGAAGCGACGUUCAGAGGAGAAGCAAAUUGGAAAGGAGCGAGACACUGAAGUCUCUUGAGAUAAAGUUUCUUGACGUGAAAGAAGCGAGAGGACAGAGAGAGUUGAAAAGAAUGUUUCUGUCUCUACGACACCCGUAUAGCUGCUUUCAUGAAAAUCCUUCGCUUUUGCUUGUCAUCUUCUUCUGCGUCCAACUGUGCCGCUUGCAAAGAAACGCCUGAACCGCGUCAACCUCGGCCUCGUUCUUCAAUGGCAGCGUUCUCCGUUCAGUGCGAUGUCUUUUUCUCCCCGAUUCCUCCCAGGGGGUCGC